CUUCUUCGUCGGAAGUGCCAAACUUUUCUCCUUUCCAUUUCUUCCGGCGGCGAAACAAAAAUCCGGUAGUAACUGGCCGGGGGUCCACAAGAAAUAACCUCUCUACCUUCACAAAGUAGAGGGAUAACGACUAUGGCAUUAACUUAUAUCAGAUCAUUGAGAAACGUUAACUUUCAGGAGGUUAUUCAAAUAGGAGGCUGCAGAACAUUUGCUGUUGGGGGUGGUAAAAAGAAGGGUGGAAAAGGUGGUGCAGCUGGAGAUGGUCCAAAGGCAUCGACAAUCAGCAAGGAAGUCAAAGCCAGUACAGUAGUCGGGGCAAAUAUUCUCAAGGAUGGAGUCGAUCCUAAAGUGUUGCCCGACUCAGAAUACCCUGAUUGGCUGUGGCACCUGCUGGAUAAACGCCCGGCACUUAGUGAACUGAGAAGGAAAAAACUCGAGUCUCUCCCUUACGAUGACCUCAAGCGUUUUGUCAAGCUGGAUACCCGAGCUAGGAUCAAGGAAAACAACUCUCUUAGGGCCAAGAACUGAAAAAUUUGCCUGAAUUGGCAUAUGAUCUGGAGACUAUUUUUACCUGGAACUAUAAGUUGGUCUAUUGUGAUAGAAUACAUUAUUUAGAAUCUAGCUGCAGCUUUUUAUCUGCUUUUACUCUUGAUUUCCUUAAGUUCCUGCUACUAUUUUGAACAUGAUUGAGCUCUUGGUUAAGAGAAUUUUGAUAUUUUUUGUCGUCCGUUCA